GUACAACUGUAAUUAGUGUUAAUACAAUUUUGUUAGAUGAUUUAAUUCGGUUAACGUAAAUAAUUAGGCCCAACAAAAAAGAGAAAAAAAAUCAGAAAACCAGGGUAAUAAUAGUAUCAUAUUUUAGCUUCAAUUCAUCCUUUUCCCGGCUACUGAGAUAUCGAGAAAAUAUGGCGACUCGAUCGCUGAGACGAACGGUGUUCAGAGCUCUGAGCUCUCUACAAUCGUCGUCUAAUUCAAUCGAAGCGACCCAAAAUUUGUCACUGUUUUCUCUCUCUAACUACCCAGCUGAAUCAUCAACUUCUGCCAGCUAUUCGCGCCCAAAUUUCUCGUUCAAUAUCAUCUCCCGCCGCCGCUUCUCCUCUCUCACAGAGGAGGAAUCGCAUGUACCUGCCGCGGUUAACUAUAGCUCUUUGUUGACAGAGGAAGAGUAUCACAAGCUAGCUAAUUCCACCAUCCAUGAUCUGCUUGAGAAGCUCGAGGAAUAUGGUGAUUCUGUGGAUAUUGAUGGAUUUGACGUUGACUACGGGAAUGAGGUCCUGACUUUAAAGCUUGGGGAUUUGGGGACUUAUGUCAUAAACAAGCAAACGCCAAAUAGACAGAUUUGGAUGUCAUCUCCAGUGAGUGGCCCGUCCCGUUUUGACUGGGAUCAGAAAGACAAAGCUUGGAUUUAUAAGCGAACGAAGCAAAACCUUUUUAAAGUUCUGGAAACCGAGUUAGAAAAGCUGUGCAAGAACCCCAUCAGCCUUUCUUGAGCUUCCUAAAACAAUACAUCCCCUACAUGAAACUUUUUCUUUCAUGAACCCGUUAUGCUACUCCAACAACCCCCCAUCCAACUCUUAUCUCCUCACCCCGUUUCAUGUUACAUAUGGCAGCCCCACAUCCUCAUAGCAGUCGUUAUCUCGUAUUUAGUACGGAAGUUAUCUGUGUUGGCUAACUCAAAGGCCAGUUACACCAGCACAAUACAUGAACAUGGUACGUGUUUUUUUAGUAUGAGUAAAGUCCUACCUUGGAGGUAAUAUGCUGUGUUAGAAAUUUUCAAUUCCACGGGGUUUUUGCUAACGAGUCAACUGCCUGGCCCAGCCCGUCAAUGUGUGGCAUGUUUUUCUAUUGAGUUUUUACUGAAGAUUGAUUUCAAUGAAGAAAAAUGAUUGUAACUCGUUAGAAAUAAUAUUUCAUCUCUUACCGAAAAAAUGGAGGAUAUAUGGCGUCGUAUUUCUAGUAAUUGUUUGAUGAGUGAUGGUUUUAUUCAGUUUGAUUUAUAGUUGUUUCAUCAUAUAUUUAUACUAUA